AUGACCGACGAUAUCUUUCGCAUCUCCCGACCAGGCCUCGUCGACCUAGGUCAAUGGCAGCAGCAAGAACGGAAAGCUGCGACUCGACGCCUCGCGAACAGAGGAGACGACGACGUCAUCGCCGGCACUCCCAACACUGCGGGGGUCCGGGUCAGGUCGGCCACCACGAGCGACCAGGAUCGAAUCAACGCGACUGAUCUUGGGCAAGCUGCUACUCGACUGAAAAGAGCUCUGCCAUCCCACACCCAAUCGUCAAGCAGCGGCCAACCGGCUGACGUGCAAGCUCAUGAGGACGAUCCAAGACAUGCCAAGACACCCCGAACGGAGGCACCCAACAAGAGCACCCGAAGAAGAUACACUGCUCAAGAUUACUAUGCCUGGCAUGCCUCCGAAGCUCACAUACAGACGUCGGUCCCCCUCCAGGCUCCAUUGAUCAGUCGCAAGGUGGUGCCCCGCCAACCGAUUCCAGACUGACGACUCACAAAACAUCUCUUCCAACAGCUGCUUCUCCCACCACCCCUGCCUCUCCCAAAGAAACUUUUACGUCAUCCAAAACCACCACGCCACCGCAAAGCACUACGACCUCCGACUCCACCUUGAUGGCGGCACACUCUCAUGGGCGAUCCCGAAAGGAUUAUCCGAUUGGGAUCCUUCAAGAGGGACUGAACAUCGCUUGGCGAUAGAGACCUAUCCCCAUGCCCUUGAUUAUACGCUUUAUGAAGGGAGUAGGGUAGGAACUACGGCCGUGUGGGAUCUGGGGACAUACAAGGUGUGUCUUGCAGGAAAGAACGAAUUUUCCUUUUCGGUCUCCGGCUCACACUUGCUGGUCUUUCCCCACCAGGUCCUCCCGACAUUCAAAAAACAACGUCUCAAAACCAAACUCGAUCAAGAAGGCUUUGACCUAGACCAUGACACCUCUGAAGAGGAGGAUGACGACGCCGAUCUCACCAAUCUCGAUGUCGCUCACCCGACAGCGGCAGAUUAUCUCGAAGAGGACAAACUCUCGCGCAAGUAUCAUUACGCCGCUUUCUUACCCACUCCAGCGAGGUACGAUCAAGACGCGAAACCGGCGCAGCGCGAUGUCGAAGGGUCGCAUAGGGGUUUCGUGUUGGAAUUGGUGAGGAGCCUUUUCACGCCUUGGGUUUGAGCAAUAGUGGAACUGAUCUCGGCCUUUCAACAGCAAGGUAAACGCUAUCGAGGGCUUAGGAUCAGGUUCCACCGAACAGCCAAAGAUAUCAAGUGAGCCCCAACCCCUUCGCUCCCGCAGUCUCAGACUACCGUUCAAUCAGACGACUAACAUUUCCAUUGUCGCCGCUUGAUCAGACACAUCACGUACGCCCCGACCCACUCACUCCCACCAGUCCGCCACCCAAACCUGCUCUUAUAUAUUCCAUCUCCCCUCCCCUCUCUUCUCCAGUUUCCCAAAAGCCUACGCCCGCGCGAACCCCACAGACCCUCGAGCUCAGCCCGGUGCUCCUCUCGAAGUACAACGAAGGGUAAGCUAUGCGCCAACUCAAGCCUCCUUGCCUUCCAUUCCCUGAUCCGCGCUGAGACUCCUUCUUCACCUUACCGUAUUUACUGUCAUAGUGGAUGAUUGACCUCGUCACUCAAGGAUACGAAGAUCGGUCGAUAGGACACGUCUCCCUUUUGACAGGUCGAUCGAUCGAGCAAAUCAAAGCGGCAGCGGAGUCCGAACAAAACUCCUCGGGGGAUACAGCGCAAAGUGAGGAAGAAGAGUUGUGGCGUAUUGGGAUCCUUGCAUGA